AUGAACUUUGCAUUUGGAGGCACAGGUGUUUUCGAUACAUUGGUCAGUGGACCGAACUUGACCACCCAAAUCGACUUUUUCGAACAAUUGCUUCAACAAAAAGUAUAUGCCAAAAAUGACGUCGUUAAAUCGUCCAUUGCUCUCGUAUCAGUUGCGGGGAACGAUUACGCUGCUCAUUUUGGUAGACCAGGCAACGACACAAAGACAAUAGAGCCCCUAGGAUGUCUUCCCAGCAUAACGUCAUUUCUUUCAUAUCAAAACUGCAAUGAAUUUGCCAAUAUGGCUUCAAUGUUCCACAACGAGAUUCUGCUUCAAAAGUUAGAAGAGUUGAACAAGGAGACAAAGAAUUCGGCAUUUGUCGACUUGGAUCUCUAUAAUGCGUUUAUAUCUGCAGUGAAGCCCCCAAAACAUCAUCAAGGAUAUUCGACAUUCCACAUUAACACACUAAAGCCAUGUUGUGUUGGGGUGAGCAAUGAAUACUCAUGCGGGAGUGUGGAUCAGACUGGUGCAAAGAAGUACAUUGUAUGCGAUAACCCUGAUGUUUCUUUCUUUUGGGAUACGGUACACCCUUCACAGAAUGGUUGGCAUGAAGUUUAUGCCGCUAUAAAACCUUCUCUUCAUCAAUUGUGUUCGUGA